UGUGAAUCUGUAACGUUAUUGUGGAUACUGCUCUUUGAGUGACAGAGGUAAAAUGUAUGUAUUUUCCAAAGGCAAGGCAUACUUUAGGGAGCGGUAUUUUGCGUAAGCUCACAUCAUUUAUGUGCAACGGAUUGAGAAUUGUUCAGUGCUGACAGUAUCUUACACGUAUUGCAUUACAAUGACUCCUUACAUAAGUUUAGCUCUCGCAGCUCAUGGCCCACCGAAUAUAUUAGAACCACUUGUGCCAUCCUUUAGAACGACUACUACCACUUCUACUACCACAACAACGACCACUUCUACUACCACAACAACGACAUUUGUACCAUUCCUAUCAAAAAAAUCAUUUCAGGGUACAAGUAUGUCUGAAGAUCUGACCAAUAUAACAACCGUUAUUGUUUUUGGAAACGAUUCCGCUUUAAACCAAACUAAUAUUACAAAUAUUGUGGAUCAUCGAGGUCCUCGGUAUUCUCUAUCCUCAAUGAUUUUCAUGAGUGUUAUUGCUGGUAUACUAAGUUUACUGACAGUUGUUGGAAACGUGAUGGUGAUGAUUUCAUUUAAAAUUGACAAGCAACUCCAAACAAUAAGCAAUUACUUUUUAUUUUCUUUGGCUAUUGCUGAUUUUGCGAUUGGUUUAAUAUCAAUGCCUUUGUUUGCAGUAACUACGAUAGUGGGAUACUGGCCUUUAGGACCUCAUAUAUGCGAUACAUGGCUGGCAUUAGAUUAUCUGGCAUCAAAUGCAUCCGUACUUAAUCUUCUCAUCAUUAGUUUUGAUCGUUAUUUUAGUGUUACGAGACCUCUUACAUAUCGUGCUAAAAGAACGACCAAUCGGGCUGCUGUUAUGAUAGCAGCAGCAUGGGGUAUAAGUUUAAUUUUAUGGCCUCCUUGGAUAUAUAGUUGGCCAUAUAUAGAAGGUAAACGCACAGUUCCGCAAGAUGAAUGCUACAUUCAGUUUAUUGAGACAAAUCAGUAUAUCACGUUUUUAACGGCGUUAGCGGCAUUUUAUUUCCCGGUUACAAUCAUGUGCUUCCUAUAUUAUCGCAUUUGGAAAGAAACAAAAAAACGACAAAAGGAUUUACCCAAUUUACAGGCUGGAAAAAAAGAUGCAUCUAAACGAUCGAAUUCAAGUGACGAAAAUACUGUUAUUAAUCACACUGGAAUGCUGUCAAUAUCACAACUAGGAGCUAACGCAAACGAACAUGAUAUUUGGAGGCGUCCAAGAUCUGAAUCUUCUGCGGAUGCUGAAAGUGUUUACAUGCCGAAUAUGAUAAUAGAUUCAACAUACCAGGGAAUGAAUUCCAGAAAAUCAAGUAUUAAGAGCAUUAGAAAUAAAAAAAAGACAUAUCCAUGUAUUGGUAGCAUAAAAGAAUGGUGCAUUGCGUGGUGGCAUUCAGGACGGGAAGAUUCAGAUGACUAUCCAUAUGAACAAGAAGAUCCAUCUGAUAUUGGGUGUCAUAGUAUAAUGCGUGAUACAUACUCUUUAGGCGGGAGUGUAAGCGGCGUUCGGCCACCAAGUAUCUUACUACCUGAUGUAUCACCUAUUCCUUUGAGACAUCCACUAACUCCACUAUCGCAAGUUCAAGACAUUGCGUCAGUAACAGGAACCCGAGAGUCACGAUCUUUAUGUAACAAUAAAAUUGGAACACGUUCAGUUAGUCAGGAAUCUGUUUAUACUAUAUUAAUUAGAUUGCCACCAGAUUGUGGAAAUGCAAGCAAUGGCGUGGAAAUAACACCAUCAAUUAAAAUGAUACACGAAGACUCCCCAAUUCCUCCCACUAAUUUACUUCCACGUCGAACUUUACCAUCUCGAGAUUCUGAAUACAGUUUACCCCUUGGACGUCGAAUGUCACAUAUCUCUCCAGAUGUCAGAAUUCCUCUUAAUGCCAAAAUAAUUCCUAAACAGCUUGGUAAAUCUGUUCAUGCAGCUGGAAGAAACAUUGGAAAGAAAAAGAAAAAAUCACAAGAAAAACGCCAGGAAUCCAAAGCUGCAAAAACUCUUUCAGCAAUACUAUUAAGUUUUAUUAUUACAUGGACUCCUUAUAAUAUUUUAGUUCUAAUUAAACCAUUAACUACCUGUUCCGAUUGUAUACCAAAUGAGCUAUGGGAAUUUUUCUAUGCUCUUUGUUACAUUAACUCUACUAUUAAUCCGGUGUGCUACGCUCUUUGCAAUGCAUCAUUUCGAAGAACUUAUAUACGGAUAUUGACGUGUAAAUGGCACACACGAAAUCGUGAAGGCAUGGUUCGCGGCGUUUAUAAUUGAAAUUUUUUUAAAUAACAAGAAAUCUAAUCAAAUCAAAGAACCUAAGUACUGAGAACACAUAAAAUAUAUAAAUAUAUGCAUACAUGAUUUGAGUACGAUACUACAUAAUUUACCAAAAACCGCACAAUUCUACAAAUUUCGUUACCAAUUAUGUAUAAAUUCAUGUUUAUAAUAAAUAAUAACCUUCAUAUAAGGUCUUUUGAAAAAAAUUUUGUUACCCGAA